AUGAUGUUUGAUUACAUCCUGGAUCAAUUGGAGCAUUCACUCGUGAGAUGGAUGAUGCUUAGCAUAUAUUUAUUCAAACGGAUACCCUCGAUCUGCCAUCGGGAAGUCUGGGGAGUUACUGCAUUUAUGAACACCAUAUGCCUUGUUCAAGGGGUUUUGCCACUGAUGCAUGCUGAUGACUUUAGGCAAGAUCGUUAUGGUGUAGUCUCAUCAGGACUUGGUGGAUAUUCUGAUGAUAUGACUCUUGCAGCCAUAUCCGGUAAAUCUUUGUCUAAACUCAGCACAUCAUAUCCUGCUCAAGACAUGCAGAAGACGUUUGCAUGUAAUGGGUCACGAGUGAAAAUUGGAAAUGCUCCAUCAAAUGAGAUGGAGCCCAAUGUAACUAAGCCCCUAAGGGUCUAUUCAAGAAAAAGAGUUGUAAUAGAAGUUAGUGAGACAUUUGUUAAGUUGAACCUUGAGCAGUGGUGCUUGGUGGAGAAGGGGAUUGCUCUUUAG